UAUAUCUUCUUCUUUCUUCUUCUUGUUCAGUCCUAUGAAUCUAUUGAAACGGUGGUGAUAAAGAAAAUAUGAUGGAGAUGGAGAAGAUGAUGAUGAUGAUAUUUGUGUCGAUGAUGACAAGUGUGAUAGUGCUGGCUGCUUCUUCUUCUUCUCCACAUGAUUAUGGAGAUGCCUUGUCCAAGAGUAUUUUGUUCUUUGAAGGCCAGAGGUCUGGCAAGUUGCCCCCUUCCCAGAGAAUCACUUGGAGGAAAGAUUCUGCUCUCCGUGAUGGCUCUGAUGUUUCAGUGGAUUUGGUUGGUGGCUACUAUGAUGCUGGGGAUAACAUGAAGUUCCACUUUCCAAUGGCCUUUUCAACAACCAUGCUAGCUUGGGGAGUUGUAGAGUUUGGCGAGUUCAUGGGUCCAGAUUUGCAGCAUGCACUUGAAGCUAUUAGGUGGGGAACUGACUAUUUCCUCAAAGCCACCACUGCUCCUGGUGUUGUGUAUGCUCAAGUCGGCGAACCUCAUAGCGACCAUAGCUGUUGGGAAAGGCCUGAAGACAUGGACACCCCUCGAACCACUUACAAACUAACCAAAAAAAACCCUGGUUCAGAACUCUCUGGUGAGAUAGCAGCUGCCCUAGCUGCCUCUUCCUUGGCUUUUAGGGCUUCUGAUCCCCGCUACUCCAAGUUGCUUCUUCAGAGGGCUUCCAUGGUUUUUCAAUUUGCAGAUAAGUAUAGAGGAUCCUACGAUGACAGUCUUGGAGACGCAGUAUGUCCAUUCUAUUGUAGUUUCAAUGGCUACCAGGAUGAGUUGAUAUGGGCAGCAGCAUGGCUACACAAAGCCACUAAGAAAACUUACUACUGGAACUAUGUUACAAAUAACAUAACAAGCAUAAAGCUGGGUAGUUUGGAAUUCGGAUGGGAUGCUAAGCACGCUGGAAUUAACAUACUUGCUUCUAAGUUUGCGAUGAAUACCAACUUAAAUGUCACACUCUUCCUCCCCAAUGCCAACAAAUUUGUGUGUAGCAUAUUGCCCGAAUCACCAUCCCUAAGCAUAUCUUAUUCUCUAGGUGGUCUUUUAUUCAAGCCUGGAGGAAGUAACAUGCAACAUGUAACGGCUUUGUCCUUUCUUUUACUUGUAUAUGCUCGCUAUUUGAAUGUUGGCAAAAGAGUUAUUCAUUGUGAUGAUGUUGCUGUCACUCGGGCCAGACUUGUACGAUUUGCAAGAAGUCAGGUGGAUUAUAUAUUAGGAAACAAUCCCAUGAAUAUGUCAUACAUGGUGGGAUAUGGCAACAUGUUUCCUCAAAGGAUACACCAUAGAGGAUCUUCAUUACCUUCAAUUGAGAAACAACCAGAGCCUAUCAGAUGUGCAGAUGGAACUCCAUUUUUCUCAAGCAGUGAUCCCAACCCUAACUUGCUACUGGGGGCUGUUGUGGGAGGGCCUAAUAUGGAGGACUCAUAUGUUGAUUCAAGAGCAGAUUUUGCACAUUCGGAGCCCACUACGUACACAAACUCACCCCUUGUUGGUAUUUUAGCCUACUUUAAAGUUCAUUAAGAAGUCUUUCAUGACGUUUUUUGUCAAGUGAGAGAG